CGUGGCUCUGUUUGAUGACCAUGAGCAACUGAGGCUUUAAACCCUUCUGCGCUGGACACAUUUCCGGACAAACUAGCACAAACCAUGUUGAAGUACGUGGUGCUGGUCAGCUUUCUAGUGGCGGUUGCCACUUCUCAAGAUUCGGGCUCAAAAGAGCGAACUGGAAAUUCCGAUGAUUCCAGUGUCAACCCCCUCAGAAAAGAGAGAAUGGGUAACAAGUGGCCACUCCCGAAUAUGAAGUUUAUGGACAAGGCGAGCGAGUUAAUCGACCAAAAAAUCCAGAGGAUGAGAGAUGCUUUGAAAAAUCAGCCUGAUGCGUGCAAUCCAUUGUUUUUGUUGAAAGCCAAAGAGUGUGCGAACGUGCCAGUUGUUUUCUCUCCGAGACAGUUUGGCCAGUGCUUGCAAGAUUCGGCAAAUAAGGCAUCACAACCUGCGCAAGACCAAAAUAAUGGAAGUAAUGGAAUGAAUGAGCAAGAUUCUGGCAUGGGCCCAGGAAAAAUGAUGUUCGAGCUUCCUUUGGCGGCGUUGAUGCGCACUGGAAUGUGUGGAGACCCACAAUGUGCGGCUGAAUGCGUGAUGAAGAGAUCCAAUUAUAUAGACGCUGAGGGAAACAUAAAUCAAGCUGCCAUCACCCAAAGCUACGUAGGAAACGCGACCGAAUCUUGGAAAACCAUUGCUGCUGAUGCAGUUAAUGAGUGCUACAAGAAUUCUGUCAACACACCGGCGAGGUAUGCUCCAAACGCCGUGCCCAACUCCAAUUGCAGUGACAAACCUAUCCGCUUUAUGGCCUGCGUUCAGAGAUAUUUAAUCUUGAAUGCCCCAGCAAAUGAUGAAGUAAAAAGCUUAACUACACCAGAAACUUGCAAAUACAGGCGCACCCAGCUGCAGAAAUGUGAUCCCAACUACAUCACACAAAUCGGAAAAGGGGAAUGCCCACAACUAAAAAAUCUUCACUCUAAAGUGGCUCGCGCUAGGAGUGGUUUGAGGCAAAGAUUUGGCGAAACCAUGAAAAACUUGUUCAACUCCAGGAUGAACAAGAAGAAAAGCGAGCCUGCCCCUGUGGUGAAUGCUUAAUUGAAUUAAGCAACAAAAAUGCUUUUCUGCUUUCAAUUUGAGAGUGUUCUUCUCAAACACGAGAUACAAAGUGGAAUGAGAAAAACUGGUGGCGGAUAACGGGAAAUUUUGCAUUAUAUUAUUUGAAUAUUUCGGUACAUUUGGAAAAAGAUCAAUUAAUAAAAUUGUUUGUUUCAUCAAA